AUGCCAUCGCAGGUGCAGCUCCAGCAGCUGCUAACAGCGAAACGAGCGCAGAGGAUUCAUCCCGCUACCACCGCGUUCCAACAGCUCCUGGCUGGCGAAGCCAAAGCCGGCGAUGGGUACCGCGCGGAGCUUUGGUUCCGCAGGAUGGUCUGGAGCAAGUGCGCGCCGGACGUGGCAAGCUACACCUCUGUCAUCGCGGCCUUUGCCCGCGCGGGCGAGCCCCGGGCCGCCGAAGCCUGGCUCCGCCGCAUGGAGCUCCGGGGCCUGCGGGUGCCUGUUGCCACCUGCAACGCCGUCCUCGACGCCUUUGCAAAGCGCGGGCGUUUGCGGGCUGCAGAGUGGUGGUUCAGCUUCAUGACAGACUCAGACAUCCAGCCUGAUCACAUCAGCUUCGGUGCCCCCGUUUCAGAGUGA